AGACGUAGAUUGAAGAAGGAUCUCUGGUUUGGUGCAAUUACAUUUGGCGCCAUCUGUGAGAAUCUGAACUGAAAGCUUUUUUGUUGCUCUUUCAUCAUGGUUAACACUCGAUCAGUCCGAGCUGGAAAUUCAUCUUUGCCUCUUGGACAAGGUCAACUCCCCAAUAACCUCCCACCUCAGCUCCCCCCUCAGCUUCCACCUCAAGUCCCAAAUAUGUUCCCUCCUGUUAAUCAUGUAGAAGGAGGAGAUAAAAACCAACCUCAUACCUCAGCUCAUAACUCAAUUUCCAUCGCCAACCAAGACGUAGUUGCAGCUCAGCUUGCCGUCAUGCAACAACAGUUCGAUGUCUUUCAGCUAAUACUGGCUCAGCUCUUAGCUUGGAGCAACCCUGGUGAUCCCCUCAUUUUUUUUUUUUUUGGAUAAUAGGAAAUUUUGGGGAAGGAAAACUUGGAUAUUAGAUGUCCAAGCACUUUCCUUAUUAAGGUAACUAUGUGCUGGACACUCAAUUCUACUGAUUUAAAUUAUAUAAUUUGGUACAUUUUGGAUUGCAUAAUAUAUAUUUUUAAUAAAAUAAAGUAAAAUAGUUGGU